AUGGGGUCCCUUUGGGCUUCUAGGUUGGUAGUUUAUUACCUUCCCUCCCGGCUCGCCUUACCAAGUCCAAACAGUGUUAAGUUCUCUGCUGCUUCCAAGGGAGAAGCUGCGGAUAAGCUAUUUGACGACAUUCAGUAUUUUACCACUGAAAAAGCGCUUAUACGUAAGGGCGAGGUAGUCGCGUCUUCAUGGUCACAAAUCUCAUAUGUCAUGGACAUCUGGCUCAGUUUUCAGUGA